CUAAAAAUAAAUAAAUAAAAACCUCUCUUUUCUUGAAAGAAAGAAUAGGAGCCAAAGAUGAGUUACCUGUUACCGACAUUGACGAGGAAGAAAGAAGUAGACACGAUCAUCCGAGACACCAUCGACAAGGUCCUCGUCCUCCGAUUCGGCCGUGCCGACGACGCCGUCUGUCUUCAGUUAGACGACAUCCUUGCCAAGACAGCGCAUGAGGUUUCCAAAUUCGCCACGGUAGCUUUAGUUGACGUUGAUUCCGAGGAUGUUCAGGUUUACGUCAAGUAUUUCGAUAUCACCUUGAUUCCUUCGACUAUUUUCUUCUUCAAUGCUCAUCAUAUGAAGAUGGAUUCUGGGACCGCGGAUCACACAAAAUGGGUGGGAGCAUUUCAUGAAAAGCAAGACUUCAUAGAUGCUGUAGAGGCAAUAUUUAGGGGAGCCAUGAAAGGCAAAUCGAUUGUUAAUUGCCCUCUACCCCCAGAACGAAUACCAAAAUAUCAAUUGCUAUACAAGGAUGUAUGACUUUUGGGGGUCUUCACCUGGAUCAUUUGAAACUUUGGAGUGUAUUUUCGGAUCGGCUGAUGAGUGAUUUCAGUUCAAAUGAGGGAAUGAAACAUUGUGCUCCAUCCAGAGAGAGAGGUAUCAAUUGAAAGAAAGUCUUAAGGUCUUAGGCAUUCAAGUUUUGAUCAAUGUACAAAAAACCAUUAGGUGUCUAAACUUAUUUCUAUAUGAUGUAUGACGAAUUGAAGAUUUUGUAAAGCUCCAUCUUAUAAUGAGAAUUUUGGUUUAUAUUCAGCA